GUAAACCUGAGCCUAAUCGCUACGGUCACACGGCCGCACCACCACUUCUCCGCGCGGCGUCCUCCAGUGGCCAUGCGGAGCAGUAGCCAUGGAGGCGCUCAGCUACAUCCGCUUGUCUAGGGCUCUCCCCAACCUCCUCGACACCGUCACCAGGCCCCUCAAGCCCCCGCGCCGCCGCGGCGUCCUCCAAACUCUAGCCUCCGCCCCCGCCGCCGAUGCCGCGCCGUCGGCUUCCUCGCCGUCGCUCACCCGGUUCCUCGUCGCGGCGCUGCGGGGAGGCCGCGCGGGAGGGGAGCUCCCCGACCUCGCGGCCGCGGACGCGGGGGGAGCGGGGAUAGGGACGCUACUGAUGAGCACGACGGCGGCGGCGGUGUCCAAGGCGCGGGAGAGCCCGUACCUGCUGGCGCUGGCGGCGAACCCGACGUUCGUGUCGGGGCUGGUGGCGUGGGCGGUGGCACAGGCCGCCAAGGCCGUGCUGACCUCCUUCGUGGAGCGGCGUUGGGACCUGCGGAUGCUCUUCAGCUCCGGGGGGAUGCCGUCCUCGCACACCGCGCUCUGCACCGCGCUCACAGCCUCCGUCGCGCUCUGCCACGGUGUCAGCGACGCGCUCUUCCCCGUAUGUCUCGGGUUUACUCUCAUAGUUAUGUACGACGCCACGGGCGUCAGGCGCCACGCCGGAAUGCAGGCCGAGGUACUCAAUAAGAUUGUUGAGGACUUGUUUCAAGGCCAUCCAAUUAGCGAAAGAAAACUCAAGGAGUUGUUGGGACACACUCCAUCACAGGUUUUUGCCGGAGCAUUUUUAGGCAUCUUGGUAGCCUGGUUUUGCUGCCAUGGUUGUAUUGUUUCCAUCUGAUGUUGCUAUUGUAUGACUGCUUCAGAAAUGAAAUCAUUAUCCCACGAAGAUUUUGCAUGUAGUGCAACUGUUGUUCUGGAAAAUAGUUGAUCUAUUGUCUUGACUAGUUUGAUCUUUGAUCAUUGUCAAGAAGGUCACUGUUGCCCUCCAUCUUGGGCACUUCCUCCUGUAUAUAUGUAACACAAUAGAACAAAAUAAUCAAUAUUUCGAUUCUCCCAA